AUGGUUGCGAUAAAGAAGUUAAACAUCGAUCAGAAAAAAUACCCAAAGGUGGAUUUGUCACGAGCGCAGCUGAUGGAACUGAAGAAAAUGAAGGACCUCCAGCAUGACCACAUCACGAGGUUCACUGGCGCAUGUCUGGAUGCUCCACACUGGUGCAUAGUGACUGAAUAUUGCCCUAAAGGCUCGUUGGAAGACAUCCUCGAAAAUGAUCAGAUCAAGUUGGAUAACAUGAUGAAAUACUCGUUAUUGCACGAUCUGGUCAAGGGUCUUUAUUUUUUACACAACAGUGAGAUCCGGUCACAUGGUCGUUUGAAGUCAUCAAACUGUGUUGUGGAUAGUCGAUUCGUCCUCAAAGUGACUGAUUUCGGUUUGCACGGCCUCCAUGCCAUGGAAGAGAACACCAUCGAUGACAUAGGAGAGCAUGCCUUCUAUAAAAGUAAGACAAACUUCUUCAUUCCCUUCUUCUUUGCUGCAACAGCUACUCGAGAUGAUAAAAUAAGAAGGCAUCCUCAGUAA